UCUAUUCAUUCCUUUCACACCGAGCCUGCUGAAGUAAGAGGAACUGUGAGGCUCCACGGGAUGUGUUGACUGACUAGAAUUCAGCCUUUUGGUUUCCUAUUCCCUCGCUAAUUUGAGGCUGUAUUAGAGCUGCUUUUGUCGUGUUUACCGCGCCGUGGUAUAAUCUUAAAAUACCUCCUGUAACGUAAUUAUUUUUUCGUUGCCGCUGUCUCCGAGCCGCCGGUUAUCUAAAAUGAAGGCUGUUACUCCAGUCCACCCCCAGGACUCCUCCUCCAACAGUAGCCAGCUCUCCCUGCAAUGUCUGUCGAAGCAGAGCCUCAACAUCGCCCGGUGCAGGAUGGAAGAGGAGGACCUGUUCUGCCUGCAGUACGACAUGAACGACUGCUACAACCGACUGAAGCGCCUGGUGCCCACCAUUCCACAGGAUAAGAAAGUCAGCAAAGUGGAGAUCCUCCAACAUGUUAUAGACUACAUCCUGGACCUGCAGCUGGCCCUGGAGACGCACCCUUCUCUCCAUAAACAACAGCCACAGCGGACCUGCCCUCCCCCAGCCUCCAACCCAAGCCGGACACCGCUGACGGUGCUCAACAUUGACCACCACCAGAGGACGUCAAUAGUCAAAAAGCCGGAGGACUCUAUUUUAUGCCGCUGAAAUAUAAACACUGCAAUGGUAAGUUGAGUUAAAAUAACAUUUAAUUUUACAUGUCAGUCAGAAAAUCAGAAGUUUGUUUGCUUUGUAUUUCUAAUCUACAAUGCCACAUGUGGCCAGUAGAACACACCAUCAGAUUGUCAAUUUACACUUUAUAUAGGCUACAAUGAUCAAGUUAAUGGACACUUGAUUAUUGUAGCCUAUGUGAGGUGUAAAUUGACAUUCUCUAUAGUGCUCUGGGGAGGCCAGUACAUGUCAAAGAAAAUAAUAAUUGAGGAACAUGAAAACGGCACCGACCUUAGAGGCAGCUGUGCUUUGCGCAAUAACUGUCACUGGUGUAGCAAUCUGGGAAGAAGAGAGGGUUAAAACCUCAGCUUGCCCUCUCUUUCAUUCUUACACACUCUCUUUCCUCCCUCUCUCGCUCCCUCUCAUUCACUCUCCGUCUGUCCCUCUUACUUCCAUUUAAGAUGCUGUUCUGGCUUUAAUGUCAGAUUUAUAGCACUGAAUCUAAACACACCUGGAUAAGGCUAAAAUAAUGUGCCUGGUGUGUGUUACAGUGAGACUCUCACAGUCUAUGUGAGAGUCCUGGCUGCCUCUCGUCAGCCUUUCCCAACAGCCUGAGGAGCUGUGUGCUUGUUGUUUGACCUGGUUUGUUUUGGGUUGUUGAUCAAGCAUGGCCU